AUGGCAGUUGAUCCGUUCGUGGACGAUCCUCCGAGUCGUCCGCAUUGCUCACUGCUACCGAACAGGCUGAAAAUAAGGUGGUCCAAUACAGGCCUUCGCAUCGGCCACGUGUUACAUCGCUCGCGAGGAAUCGGUUCCAGAUCGUCAUUCAUCAUCACAUCAUCUGGAGUUGACAUGAAAGCGUCAGCACCGAAUCGAGAGACAGAAGACGUUGAUGUAGAUGCCGCUGAUGUUUCACCACCCUGA